GGUAUACAUGUGCAUUGUGCAAGUUUUCAUUGAGUGUGGAAAUCCAGCUACGCUGCAGAUAUUUUGUCGAAAAGUUUGCUAUCCUGCUGUCAGCUGGAAGGGAACAGUUGUGUAGUGGAUAACGUCUGAGCUUGUGUUGUGAGUUUCUGCAGUCUAAAAUAUUAUGACAGUUGAUUAGGGCCUGUGAAAAUGUUACUGUUUCGUAUUACUGAAAUUUUGUGCUUCGCUGCAGUGCUCUCGGCCGAUAAUACUCUACUAACAACAGAGAAGCCCAACAGUUUGCAACAGGAUGCAUCUAAAACAGAUGUGUACGAUAUAACUGGGCUUUUUGAACCCAAUGCAAAAUCUGUAAAUGGCUCUAAACAAAACUUUGAACAUCGUCCGAUUGCCUUAGAAGGAGGUUCUUCUGUGAUUGCCAACGAUACAAUAGUUUCAGAAUCUAAGAAACCGAAGGAAUUGGUUCAAAAAACCAUUUCAGAACAAACUUUGUUUGACAAUGGUACUGGUGUAACUCCAAAUCAUUCUAAUAAUUUCCAUGAAGCUAUUCAAACCGAAGGUGGAUUACUGGAGAUACCUGUAAGUACAGCAGCAGCUGGCGAAGCCACCAAACUGGUACCGAGUGAAGCAACUGAUUUUAUCAAAGAUUCUUUCCCGUUAAAUGUGGGAGAAGUAAGUGAUCAUCCAUCUGUGGUACCAAGAAAGGGCGUCUCGCCAAAAAUUGUGCCGAGAAAAGGAGCAGAGCCGUAUGAACCAUUUGUUGACCUCGAUGACAACACAGAAAUUAAAUCGGCAUGCAACUGUUGUGAAACGCACAGUUCUGAACAAAACAUUGGAAACUAUACAGCAGACCCGAGAUGUGUUUCAUGUUGUAACACAACAGGCAGUAAUAAGUCAAGUACUUCAACCACAGGAUUAAAAAAUGACGCUAUAGAGUUCAAAAGUACAGGUAACAGCAGUAACCAUGAUGAUUUCAAAAUUGCCAAUAAUAGCGUUAACUCUACAGAUUUCAAAAGCGAAGCAACCCUAAACGAGUCCAAUUCACGUGAUGUGUAUAGAGCUUACCCCCCUCUGAAGAAAAAGUCCAAGCCACUUGUUACUUCAGAUACUGACAUUGAAAUGAAACAACAAAAAAGUCCACAGUCUUCAAGUUCAGAGAAAAGUGACUUUGUAAUACCUGUGGUUUUGUUAAUUUUAGCAGUACCUGUAGUAGUCGUCCUAGCAAUGCUUUUUUACAGAAAAGGAACAGAAUUUUGGGAACGAAGGCAUUAUAGUAAAAUGGACUUUCUUAUUGAUGGAAUGUACAAUGAGUAAUUCAUAACCACUGCUGUUUUGGAAAAAAGAAGGUGACUGCGAUAACUGGAAUGUAUUUCAUUUCCCGACAUUUUACAUAUUGUAUUAAUAUAUAUAUAUAUA